AGUAGCUACGUUAUUUAUAAAAAAAUAUAUAUUUUGAUAAAAUCAAUUUGUAAACAAAAAUGAUAGCAUGUGCACAGUGGUUGGUUUUAGUUGGAAUAACUGCCUUGCAAAUAUCCGGAACAAAGGGUCAAGAAGAAGCUCCGCAGAAGAAACCGCAGUCAGUAAGAGAUCUCCUCAACACUACGUCAUGUAUACCGCCGCCGUAUCGAUGUCCACACCCGAAAAUGCAGUUUUAUCUAUAUACCAGAACUACUCAAGAAAAGGGUGAACUAAUAAACACGCUGGACAAUGAUUCCUUGACAUACUCGAGAUUUAACACCAAACAUCCGACGAAGAUCGUCGUGCACGGCUUCGGAGGAGGUCGGAACCUCUCACCAAGUACUGACAUGAGAAAAGCCUACUUUACAAAAGGGAACUAUAAUAUCAUUAUAGUGGACUAUGGAUCUCUUGUGAAGGAACCGUGCCUAAGUCAGAUUGAGUGGGCGCCUCGCUUCGCUGGCCUCUGCAUUGCUCAGCUGGUGGAAUACCUACAGUACCAUCCUGUGAAGUCAGUGGCACCCGACAACCUACACACCAUCGGGUACAGCGUGGGCGCCCAUAUACUUGGCCUGGUCGCGAACUAUUUGGGCAAUGGAAAGCUUGGCAGAAUCACCGGUCUGGACCCAACCAUAUUGUUUUACAUGGGCACCAACCGGUCUCGUGACCUGGACUACACAGACGCGCAUUUUGUGGAUAUCCUACACACGGGGGCCGGAAUCCUCGGCCAGUGGGGGCCCAAUGGACACGCUGAUUUCUACGUCAACGGUGGUUCCAGCCAACCUGGAUGUGCACAUGACACGAUAUUCCAAACCCUUUCAUGCGACCACACCAAGGUGACCCCGUACUUUAUAGAGUCGAUCAACAGCCGAGCUGGUUUCUGGGCGGGGCCUUGUUCAAGCUUGUUCUCGUACCUCAUCGGGUGGUGUGAGCCUAAGGAUACGGAGUAUGUGCUGAUGGGCGAACACGUCAGUCACAAUGCCAGAGGUGUCUACUACGUGACGACAAACGCUAAGCCGCCAUACGCGAGAGGUUUCCCGGGCAAAUCUCGAAGACUCCGUUCAAUCACCCCCUACAGUUGAUAACGUUACUUUAACUUAGUUAAAUAAAACUUACCAAAA